CACACACACACUCCCUCUGCCUCACACACACACACACAACUGGUCAGGACAGAUGGCGGAUUCACAGCGAACAUCUGAACCCAUCAACUUUGUGCAUCAAGAUGAAAUCUGGAAAGCACAUGUGAAAGUUGAGAAGGAUUCAGCUGACGUCUGGCCCAACAAGUGGGGCUUCUUGACCAAGGUCUACAAGGAGUACAUGAGUGAGAGUGUGAAGCUGAAGGAGGCGGUCAGAGUGGAGCUUCCUCAUCACCUAGCAGCACGACCUCCGACCCCUCCGGAAAAAUACAUCAAAGUUGACCCCUCUCCUCCAGUUCCUCAGACAACUCAGGCCCUGAUUGGUUGGCGUUCAGGUCACUCACAUCUUCAGCUGGAAAAGUAUGGCGUGGUGCAUCACGGGAGGCGUAGUUUUCUGAAGGAGCUGGGCUGGCCUCUAGAUGCUUGCAGCUGACUAUAAGCAACCAUUCUUCUUGGCUAGUCACUAACUCAGUGUUGUGGAGGAAAAUCAGAGGGAUUAUGACCAUAUAAAGUAUUGAAGUGAGUGAACUAUGUAGCAUUAAAUAAAAAAAUUAUAUAUAUUUAUAUAUAUAUAUAUAUUUAGAAAUAUGUAGGCUAUGUAAAUAUUGCUAAUAUUAACCAUAACUUAAUAAGCAGUGUUGGGAAGGUUACUUUUGAAAUGUCAUUGAAUGUUACCCUGUAUAAAAUGUAAGCAACAAAAUGAACAUUACUCAACAUAA